CUACUUAUGUGUCUCUAUAAGAUUCCUGCAUAUGUUUUUGUGCUUUCCACUUAAUGCAUUGUUAGCUCUAUGUUACACUUCUUUUAGGUACUUCCUGCUCCAGGAUUUUCUUUGUGCGAAAAUCAAUAUACAUAGGCAUAUUUGCUCAUGAAACUGCUCUGGUUUUUCUUUUAGAGUUUACUCCCAUUUACUUGUGUCGUUCUACAAUAAUAACAGAAUUGAUAUCGAUUAAACUUCUUUGAGUAUCUUGAAAUUUAAUGAUUUCCCAUGGAAUAUGAAGUUUGAGAAUGACACCUGCUGAGCUGAAAAUAAUCUAGCGAGCAAUAGUAUAAUGAAUAGUUAUUACCGUAUCGGCAUCACAUUGCUCAUGGGUGAAUAACACAACAAUAAACUAGAAAAAUGGAAAUGCUCUGUUUGGUUUGGGUACCAUUCAGGAAAGUAGUUAACAGAGAUAGACUAUUUGACAGUUGCAGAGUGACACCACCACCACAUAUGAAGCAGAGAGUUUGUAAAGAGACACUAAAUAAUCAUCUGGAGUAAAUCUGGGAGUGGUUUUAGAAAAACUGGUUGAAAUGGUUUGGUUUUUUAUUAUGGGCUUGACUGGUUUAGGUUUUAUUGGGCUGAGGCUUUCUUUAGUUCGGUUUGGUUUGGGUUUGGAGAGAAACCAGUUUGGGUUAGUUGGUUAUGGGCUGAAACCGUUUGAUGUAUUAUGGGCUAUAAACUGUGGGUACAACCCGGUUCUCUGUAUGGGUUCAUUGCCUUCGACUGCUCCCCAACCCACGCGCCGCCCGUCUUCGCCCUCGCCGCCGCCCGCACGCCCCCCUGUCUCUUCCCCCUCGCCGUCCCUUCCUUGCGCCACCGCCUCGCCGUCCCCCUCCGGCGCCGCCCCCUCCUUGGGACAGAAGAUCCAGCAUGAGCUACCCCGAGCUGGCCCUCCCAUCGUUGCCGCCGCCCCUCCCCGUCCGUUAGGGUUGAGGUCGCCGGGCCGUCUCCGCCGCGCCACCUUCCCUCCGUCGGCAGCCGACAGGUCCUGCUCCUCCCGUGGCAAGCCGGCAAGGUGCUCUGGCCGCAUCGCCGGCAAGGUGCCCCUGCUGGUCCCCUCCUCGUCUGCAACAACAACAGCAGCAACCAGAAAUGCCACGUCAAGAACAAGGAUAUCGGGAAGUUCUUGGAUGGUAUCUACGUUAGCGACAAGGGCGCCAUCAAGGAGGAGUAGAGUGCGAAAACCGUCCUAGAAGCCGUGUUUCGGCCUGCCGUGUUUCAUUGUCUGUGUCGUCGUCAUGAUUUUGAACUUUCUCUAGACUGAAUUUUGUAGUGGAGUUAAUUGUUAGGAAUGUGCCAUGGACCAUGUUAUCUUUAUUAUCCUGCAUAUUGUCACCGCAUGAAUCGGUACGACGCUUGACUUGAAAGUAUUUGAGGUUAAAACAGGACAUGGAUGUGCUCUAUCGUUAAA